UUAGUAAUAUCUUCGUCGAUCAAGAAUUCGAAGAAACACCAAAAAGAUUCGAAAGUUGCUUUCGACUUAUGCUUUUCGCAAGUAUUACAUAAUACAUAUGGAAGGAAUACUUAUUUAUUCAGAACACACGUUUGAGUAAUGGGUUUUCCAGUGUCUCAUCGAAUCGUAAAAAGAAAGAUAACACGUGGUUACCAUAGAAGAAUUCUUGACAAAUUUAUAGACUGUUACACAACGUGAGAUUAUGUGACGACAGAAAAAAAUUUCAUCCUUUUCUUUUUCCUAUUUAUUUUCAAUUUUAAGAUCAGUUAUUAUAAACGUGGAUUUUUUACAAAUCAUUUUCUAAUUACAGAAUUUUUUGUAAUAUGGAAUAUAUUUGGUGGAGCUCUUUCGUAUACCGAAGAAAUAAUACGAUAUCAUGGUCAACGUAAGUAAAGAGAUAAUCUAUUCAAAUUUAUGUAUUAUGAUUGUAAUUAAUGUAAUAUUUAGCGUUAGGAUAUAGAAUACCAACGUCUUAUGGGCCACCGACGCGUGGAUGGUCAUCGGAGAUAUGGAAUUCUGGAGUACGAAGAACGGGAAGUCAAUUGUACAGAAGGGAUGUUCAAAUUCGACCGCCCCAUGUACACCUCGUUAAAAUCGAAGAAGAACAGACUGAUCCUUUGGCGACUUUAAGCGAAACAUUAGGUGCAUUGAACACCGUGGGCAGUUAUAUCGUUAAUAUGACGAGAGGUAUGGAGAAUUCGAAUAGCCCACCAAAAGAACUUCCAUCUGCGUUGUACACUAUUUCGAAAAAUAUUUUAGGACUCAAUGUAACAGACAGUAUAGCACCAUUGGUAAGAAGAGGUGUUGGUUUAACAUCCAAACCAUCAAUCAAAGUACAAACAACAGCAACAGAAGCAACGACAACGACGACAACGACAACAAUGACAACAUUAGAACCUACAGCCAUAGCGAUAACACCAGUUAAUUUAUCAAAACCAAUUUCUCAAACACUUCCUCAACAAUCGGUGGAGUUAGUUAAUAGAGACAGAGAAUCUUUAUUACCCACGUGCAUUACGGCAGAGGGUUCAUCAGGGAAGUGUCAAGAUCUCAGCAAUUGUCCACAAUUAUUGUUGGAUUUAAAAAAAUUAAGGCAAUCUCUAUGCUUUAAAAGUAUAUUCGUACCUGGUGUUUGUUGUCCAACAAAAAAAUCAGACGAUUUAUUGGACGAUGGAAUAAUUACUGGUACCGUUUCUCCGCCAUUAAUCCAGACCACUGUUCGACCUACUCGACCACCAUAUCGUCCUAUAAAACCACCUACACCACGACCUAUACCAUUGUAUCCAGUUGAUUCAUCUACUUUAGAACCAUCGACCGGAACGAUCCUAAUUCCAGACUUGUCAGUUAACAAUUCGAACAAUGUCGAGACACUAGGCACUGUCGACAAUAAUUACAUACAAGACGACGAAGAAUGUGGAGUGAGAAAUUCUGGAAAAUAUAGGGUCGUUGGAGGUGAAGAAGCAUUGCCAGGACGUUGGCCUUGGAUGGCAGCUAUUUUUCUUCAUGGUUCUAAGCGUACAGAAUUUUGGUGUGGAGGCUCCUUAAUUGGAUCACGACAUAUCCUAACUGCUGCGCAUUGUACAAGAGAUCAACGACAACGACCAUUCGCUACAAGACAAUUCACAGUACGUCUUGGUGACAUAGACUUAGAAAGAGACGACGAACCAUCCUCACCAGAAACCUAUGCUGUUAGAGCGAUUUACGCUCAUCCAAAAUUUUCUCGUGUUGGUUUUUACAACGAUAUCGCUGUGCUUGAGUUAAACAGACCCGUGAAGAAGUCACCUUAUGUGAUACCAAUAUGUCUACCACAGGGACGCUUUCGUAGCGAAGCGUUUGCUGGUGCUAGACCAACUGUGGUUGGAUGGGGAACAACUUAUUAUGGUGGAAAAGAAAGUACAGUUCAACGACAAGCAGUAUUGCCUGUAUGGAGAAACGAGGACUGUAAUGCGGCUUACUUUCAACCAAUUACGAGUAAUUUCUUAUGCGCUGGUUACAGUCAAGGUGGCAAGGACGCUUGUCAAGGUGAUUCAGGUGGCCCAUUAAUGUUAAGAGCCGAAGGUCGAUGGAUGCAGAUAGGCAUCGUAUCUUUUGGUAACAAAUGUGGUGAACCUGGUUAUCCUGGUGUUUAUACACGUGUCACGCAAUAUCUCGAUUGGAUAAAAGGCAAUUUAAAAUGAAUUUAUUAUAUAUUAUAUCAACGUUUGACAAAUGCCAAGGAAUGAUAAAUGGCAAUUUGUUUUUUUUUGUACAGUUUCUAACAUGUACAGUAUACUGUCAAUUUGAUUUAUUAUUCAUAUUAUUGUGAAUACACAGUAAUGUGACCAAGUGUAUAUUCAUUGAAUAUAUUGUAAUUUAUUGUUAUUAUUAUAUAUAUAUAUAUCGUGUUGCCAUUGUGUGUUUCUUUUUUUCUUUUUUUGAAUGAAACCCAUGUCUUCUUUUUAGCAAUACUUUUAAAUCACAAUGUAUAUGCAUUACUAUCGCCAUCUUUACAUCUAAACCAUUUUGU